UAUGAUUUCUUCUUCUUCUUCUUCUUCUUCUUCUUCUUCUUCUUUUUGUCUCGCAGACGCGACGGGCCGGCGCGAAAACCACGAACAAAGAAAGGACGGAUGGCAAGAGUCGGUGAGUAACAGAUUGUAUCUGGUGGCGGUGGCCCGGGCUGUCCGGUUUGUUUGCUGGCUCGCUCGCUUGUUCGCCUGCUUGCUUGCUCGCUCCACUCCACCCCCGCGGCUUACACUGAGCUUUUUUCUCACUGCUGCUGCUGUUGCAUCUUCAAGUCCGAUGGGAUCCCUUAUUUCAUCAUUUCAUCUCGAAGGGAGCGGGAAGGGCUGCUGGCGGGUGGUUGGCAUGUACAGCGCAGCACAGCACAGCACAUAUGCCGUGCAGGACGUUUAUCGUUAUCGGCUAUCGAUACCUAUACCGCCUACCGCGAAUGAAUCAAUCCAGAGCAUCUGAGGAAUGCCGGUUGACUGACACAUUCGGCCCUUGUAACCUGCAGCACCUAAGCUAGCCAGCCACAAUUUCUACAUGGCUCGUAAACGGCGUCAGCAAGCCCAAAGAACGAGCAUGUCAUGUCCAUGUCCAUGUCCAUGUACACUGAACCGGCCAGAGUCACUGCCGAUGCUGACUCUCUUUCCCUUCCCUCCCUCUACAUCGGAUUUUCCUGUGCUGUCUGGCGCCUGUCU